UCUCUAGAGAUCCCCCAUGUCCCCCUCUCUCUCUCUCUAGCACUCAUUCUCCCUCUCUCUCUCUGCGGUAACGAGAUGUCGUCCAAACGAUCUUUUCUCCCGCGAAGAUUCAUCCGCUCAGUCACCAAAUCGCGCAAGCAAUCCAAGCACCGCGAUCUCCAGGACGAAAUCGAUCUCGGCAGAGAGGGAAGCAGGAUUUCAAACAGCGGCGAUGGCAAUGGUGUGUGGAGUGACAGCGAGAGGGGGCUGCGGGGGAGGCAGAAGCAGCAGCAGAGGAUCGCCGUCGAUUCGGAUGAGUCGGAUCGAUGGGCGGGGAUGCUGCCGGAGCUUCUCGGGGAAAUAAUGCAGCGAGUGGAGGCGAUGGAGGAGCAGUCGCCGCAGCGCCAAAACGUCGUCGCGUGCGCCUGCGUCUGCAGGAAAUGGAGGGAGGCGGCCAAGGAGGCUGCGGAGAAGGCUUCCGUUGAUCAUCCUGGGAUAAUCACGUUUCCGCCUUCGCUCAAAAAGGCAGGGCCAAAAGACUCACCGAACCAGUGCCUUAUAAAACGUGACAAGAAGAAUGCCACAUUUUACCUGUAUCUUGCUCUCUCCCCAUCGUUUACGGACAAUGGCAAGUUUCUCCUAGCUGCACGAAGAUACCGAAGUGGUGGACGCACUGAGUACAUCAUAUCAUUGGAUGCAAGUGAUCUAUCUCCGGGAAGUAAAUCCUACGUUGGAAAAUUGAGAUCAGAUUUCCUUGGUACUAAUUUCAAGAUCUACGAUAGCCAAACGCCCCACAGUGGUGCAAAGUCAUCGAGCACCAAGGCUGGGCGCCGUAUCGGAAGCAAGCAGAUAAGCCCCCAAGUCCCAUCUGGUAACUUUAAAAUUGGGACUGUGUCAUACAAGUUUAAUCUGUUGAAAUCUCGGGGUCCGAGGAGGAUGUCCUGCAAAAUCACAUGCCCGUCCUCUGAGGAAACCUCGAACGACGGACACGAACACGGAUUGAAAACAGAGAAGCAAGAUGCAUCACCCGCUCCCGGGUUCACAGUCUUGAAAAACAAAGCUCCGCGGUGGCACGACCACUUGGAAUGCUGGUGCUUGAAUUUUCACGGCCGGGUGACUGUCGCGUCGGUCAAGAACUUCCAAAUGGUUGCGACCGUAGACCAGAGCAAGCCUGACGGAAAGGGUGAUGCGGAGACAGUGGUGCUCCAGUUUGGAAAGGUGAGUGACGACACCUUCACGAUGGACUACAGGCAGCCUCUCUCGGCCUUCCAAGCGUUCGCCAUCUGCCUGUCCAGUUUUGGGACGAAACUGGCGUGCGAGUGAAGGAAGAGGCUGUCGGGUUCUACAACGGUGUCGAGGUUCGGCUUCUUGCUCAUGCAGCCAUGCCUCUAUUUCAUGAUCUAAUAAGUAUUUAAGGCUGCUGUUAAAUGAGUUUGAAGUAAAUUUUAGUAAAUAAAUUGUUUUUGCUGGUCUGAACAAAUUGAUGGAUCGUUUUUGCUUUUUUCACCGGCAGUUUUCUUUUGUAUCUGAGGGUCUGGUGAAAAAAAAUAUACGUAAAUUGUAAAUGAAGGUAUUCCAUUAUUUUGAUUUUUUUUAA